AUACGACGUCCAUGCGAGCCCGGCGAGAGCCGACACGACGUCGCCUGCGUCGCCAUCGUCACGUUUCGACUAGCCUCGGACCGGACCCUCGGAAGCUCGCGAUCCGCCUCGAUCUCCGCCGCCGUGUGAUCUCCGGUCGCAAGAUUGCGGCAUGUGACGUGCCAUCGGCGUCCUGCAGCGAUUGUUGACGUUACCAGUUUCGCCUGAUCGCGGUCGCCCGGACGAAUUCGACGAGCGAACGAGCAGAGGGGCCCCUCUCUUCGAGUCGAGGAGAUUCGAAGCAAGCCAUGGAAUCUGAAUCCAGGCGCAAGGGCCCGAGGAGCCCGAGCGCCGAUUCGGACGACUCCUCGCACGCCAGAAGAAGAAGGAAGUACGAUCGGUCGCCGUCUCCGAGACGAAACCGUUACCGCAGGUCUCGCUCCAGGGACAGAAGAUCCCGUUCGAGUUCCAGAGACAGACGACGGAAGGACUCCAGAUCGCAAGACUGGAAGCCACAAGCUCCGCCGUCCCAAACCCAAAGUUCUGUGCCCAAUCCAAACAAUUCUACCGGCUAUGUUUCGGCGGUGCAUAAUCAAUAUCAGGCACCGCCACCGAACACGAGUCAGCCGCCGCCACCCAUCUCUGCCUACAACCAGGGAUAUAACAAUUAUGGUUACAACUACGGGCCGGGCUAUGACUACAGUUAUCAACAACCUGCCGGCUAUCGAAGUGAUUACCCACCACCCAACUGGCAAGGAAGUCAAGUGUCAUAUAACAACCAGCAAGCACCGCCGCCUCCUUCGUUGACACCGCAACAAGAAACGUCGAGGCCGAUUGACAGCGGUUCUUCUGGCUUAGUGACAUCCUUAACGAGACCCGAAGAUGUCAAAAAAGAAGCAAUCGCAGCUGAGGUGAAACAGCAGAAAGCGACACUCGGCAAACAACGAGAGGAAUAUGUUAAGAAAUCUGCCACGUUGCAACGCGAACUGGAAAUUCUGCGUCAGCAAUGUGACGAGAUAGGCAAGGACGGUGGCCGUGAAAAUAAUCGAAUUUUAAAGGAAAAUCAAAAAUUGCAGAUUGAAAUACAAAAUAAAAUGAAGUCUAUUCACAACGUCAUCGAUAUGCUCACUGGUAUAAUUGGUGACAAGGCUACCGUGGAUGAUCUGAAGAGCAAGUUUAAGCUAGAUAUAAACAAACAUUCGAGAAGUCCUAAGGAAGACUUCCCGAAAGGGAAGUCUCCUUCGCCCGACAGAUCGUCCGCCUCCGAUUCGGAUAAGGAAUCCAAAGCAGAAAGAGAUAUUAGGGAGAGAAAGUCAUCGGAGGAUAAGCCAAUGUACAAUUUCGUUCACUACGACCCUGAAAUGCAUUGGUGUAAAGUCUGCGAUAUCUUUCCUAAAACAGCAAAGGAAUAUUUAAAUCAUCUACAUAGCAAUGAACACAGAGAGGCUUGUUUAGAACGCAAGAUUGUUGACAUGCCAUGGCAUGAGCGAAAUGGCGAAGGAACAGAAAAAGAAGUACCCUAUUAUCAUGGACUACCGACGAAAAGAACGCCUAUUAAAGGGCUGCAGUUCUUCAGCGCAGCAACGGCCUGGUAUUGCAAACUUUGCGAUUCCUGGAUAGGAGAUCUUCACUGUGCUAGUCUGCAUCUGAAGUCUAAACGUCAUUCCGAGAAUUUUUCCCGCUUUGUGGAGCAAAAUCCGCAUUGGGAAACCGACUGGAUGGCCGACAGAGAAAAGGCGUUCUCCGAGGAGAAACACAAGCAGAUACAGUUGGAAUUGCAGAAACAGAAGGAUGACGAUCCCCCGACAAAAUCGAAGAAGUCGAAGAAAAAUAAGAAAAAAUCGAAGAAAGCCAAGAAACGCAGAAAUAGAAGCAGCGCUAGUGAUUCGUCGAGUGAGUCGGAUAAUACCGAUACAGAAUCCGAUCAGGAUACCACCAAGAGCAUACGUGUGGCAAUGCGAAACAAGAUGAAAGCGUCCACGCAGGCAAUUCUGAACGAGGAGAUAGAUUAUCAGCGUAUAAAAUUGAAAGGACAUAAUUGGUCGAAGGCACCGCCGCAGAUGAACCAAUCGCCGCUGCCCGAGCAACAUCCGUCGGAGACGGAUGACAGACAACUUCUGAAUUCGAUCAGGGACAAAUUGAAAGCCAAACAGGAGGAGGAGAUGAAAAGUCGCAAGAUGGGUCAAGAAAAGGAUGAGGAGGAAAAGGACUUGCAGCAAGACACUUAUUCAAAGAAAUCAGAGGACUUGGAGGCUUGGGGCCCGAAAGAGCCGCCCAAGCCUUUCUGGAUAAAGAAGGAGGAGGAGAAGCAAUCGCAACCGAUCGUGACAAACAAACCGAUCGAGUUGCCGAAACCAGAAGAGAUGCCGAAGCCGCACAUGGGAUUCUGGACUAAACAGCAAGUGAACAUGACGGUGAAGCCGCCCGAAAGUAAAUCAGUGGAGAAAGAGGAGGAAAGGGACCGAGAUAGAGAUCGUUACAAGGAUGAUCGUGAUCGCAAGUAUAGCAGAUACGAGAGGAGAAGUCGGCGCGACAGGGAUCGGGAUAGGGAUAGAGACAGAGAUAGAGAUAGGGACAGGGAUAGGGACCGUGAUUACUAUGACGAUCGUCGAAAGAGAGACAGGGACAGAGACAGUAACGAUUCUCCGAGACGUGAUAGAAAUUGGCGUGACAGCAGUCCCAAGAGAGGCUAUGACAAGUACAGUAAAGGGCGGGGAGAUAACGACAAUUCGUCGAACGACGAAUCCAAAUUUGACAAGAAGUCAAGCGAGUCGAAGUCGAAGAAAGGUCUUGCCGCCCCGAGCAAGAAAUCCGCGCCGCAAGUGGCGGCCAAGGGCAAGUUACCGUUCAUCGGAAGAUUACCUCUGUUCAAGAAGAAGGCCGAAGAGCCGAAGUUACCAGAAAAGGAUAUCGCUCCGCUACCCUAUCAACAAAGCAAGUUUGAGGACACGCCGAAGGUACCCAAUGAAAUCAUCAAUCCACCCGGUGUUGUUCACAUCACCAAACUAGCUACCCCAUUGAAUUUGAAUAAUAGCAGCACUGCAACUACUCCGCUUGCAAGCAAAUCCACCAAUCAGCCUAUGAAGAUUCUAGUGGCACCUCCGCCGCCCGUGCUGAACGAGAGCAAACCGACCCCGCAGGUGGUCGACAUGGAGAUAGACGAUCAGUCCGAGGAAACGGUUAUAGAGGAACAGCCGAUAGUGCAGCCACAAAAGCAGCAGCAGCAGCAGCAGCAAACUUCGAAACUGCCGUUACUCCCGCAUCCACCACCACCACUGAAUAGACCACCACCCAGUUUUACUCCGAGCCAGCAACAGCAAUCGGCAGUGCAGACUAGACCGCCACCUGUGCAAAGUGCACUACCGGCGCCGCCCUUCACGCCAAAUCGACCACCUCCGCCGUUCAUUUCGAAUCCACCGCCGUUCGUACAGGCACCACCGAGAUUCCCACCUCGUCAACCUGUCCCGCCAACUACCUUCAUGGCGCAGCCGCCACCGAUGCCCAACUCGAGCUUCGCGCAAAAUCAUCAGAAUCCGCCGCCGCCGCCGAUACCGACAGCAGCGGACUCGGGCGCUGUAGCGCCACCGCAAUCCGACGUGACCGACAUACCGGAACCGUCGGAGAAGCGUCCGGCGGACCCGAGUAUUCCGCUGCCGGAUGAUCUCCAGGAGGCUCUCAACAUAAUCUUUCCUAAGGAGGAGACAGCUGAGACCAAGCAGCAACAGCAGCAGCAAAGCCAAGAGUCUAACAUCAUGUACUCUUCGAUGUACAGUAUGUUGGGUUGCGUAGGAUACGGUCCUGAAUACAUGGAUCAACCGCCACCCGAGAUCAUGCAAGAGGCGGAAGCGGACACACAACCCGGACCCGAUGAUCUUCGUAUGUUAGGCAUCGAUGAGGGAGAUACAAUCUUGUAAAUCACGCUCGCGAUUUACAGGUUUAUAUCGAUUGGUAUCGGUGUUCCUCGUUACUGAGUAGCAGAAUACAGGAAAAAUUUUUACGCCGCGAUAACAAAGAUUGGAUCCAUUCACAUUGUUACUGAUUCAUUCAUUUAUUUCGAUGUCUAGAUAGGUAUUAUUUUAUCAGUGACUAUCUCUCACAUGUUUUGAAAUCGAUUAUUAUGGUGAAGAAAAGAAGGAAAACUGAAGCAAUUACGAUAAAUAUGAAAUGUGAAUAUAAAGCCAGCGCCAUGCGAAUCGCGCGUAAGACUGGCACCAGCUUAAGCGAUGUGUACGAUCUGUAAAGAUUACUUAACGGUUUACAGUAGAAUCUACAAAUUGUCCGCUAGAUUAUAAUGUUUGUUAAUAUCGUAAUUGUCUUCUUCGUUCGACAAUAUAUUUUUGUCAAUUUUGUUUUGGGAUUCAUGUUAUAUUAUUGCACAAUCGAUAUCACGUUCCAAUAUCAGCAACAGCAACGACGAAUUAAUGUAUAUGAUAAGUUUUCUUCAUCUAUCUCUUUACAAAAGUUACAAAAAGCAUUUGUUGAAAAAUCGAUAAAUCUGAAUGAUUAUGAAAUGUUAUGUCAAUGCAUAAUUAAAAAGAUAAGACGAGAUAGGUGUGUAAUAUCAAUAAAAAAAAAACGCAAUCUCAUUGUGUAUCAACAUUGAUAUUGUAUAUCUUCGAUAUUGCAAAUCCGCAACUUUCAAGCUUACGUUGUAUAUGUACAAUACACUUUCAAAUGUAGAAGAAAUGUUCGCGUCAAUUUAUAUGUAAAGAUAACAGACUUGAACGUUGGAAUGUAAGAUCGUAACGUUUGAGACAUUUACAUUGCGAUAUUUCCCGAGAUUAAAUAAUUCUUUCUCUUUUUUUAAA